CGUAACACACCUUGUAAGGUGGGGGGGGGGUUGUUUUUGGGGGGGAAGAGGGUGCCGACCUCCAUGUAACUUAACAUGUGUAUUGCCCCCGCCGUAACGCCACUCAGCCAGGAGCAGAAAGUUUUAAAGAGGUGAACUACCGUGUAAUCAUGGAAGAAGUCAGCAGAGCUUCAAAAACCAACCCGGCGGCGACGGCGGGCCUUUUGUCCAAGAUAUUCUUCUGGUGGCUCAACCCGUUGUUUCGCACUGGAUACAAACGCAGGCUGGAGGAAGAUGACAUGUACGAAGUGCUCCCGGAGGACGGGUCUGAGACACUGGGACAGGAGCUGCACAGCUACUGGGAUCAUGAGGUCCAGAUGGCUACCAAAGAGCUGCGGAAACCCAGACUCUCCAAAGCCAUCAUGAAGUGCUACUGGAAGUCCUACGCUGUGCUGGGACUCUUUACCCUCAUUGAGGAGGUCAUUAAAGUCAUCCAGCCGGUCGUCUUGGGGCAGAUGAUUCGGUACUUUGAGAGUUACGACCCAAACGACACGAAAGCUCUGCACCAGAGUCUCGGCUACGCAGCAGGAUUGUCGCUCUGCACCAUUGGCCUGGCCCUCCUCCAUCACCUCUACUUCUACCACGUCCAGAGAGCAGGCAUGAAGAUCAGAGUGGCCAUGUGUCACAUGAUCUACAAGAAGGCGCUGUGUCUCAGCAGUUCAGCCAUGGGAAAGACCACCACAGGCCAGAUUGUCAACCUCCUUUCCAAUGACGUCAACAAGUUCGAUGAUGUGACUAUAUUCCUGCACUUCCUGUGGGUGGGGCCCCUGCAGGCAGCAGCGGUCGUGGGGCUGCUGUGGUUGGAGAUCGGUCCGUCAUGUUUGGCCGGCAUGGUGGUCCUCAUGUUCCUGAUGCCGGUGCAAACCAUGUUUGGAAGGCUGUUUUCCAAGUUCAGGAGUAAGACGGCUGUUCUGACUGACAACAGGAUCCGCACAAUGAACGAGGUGGUGUCUGGAAUUAGGAUCAUUAAGAUGUACGCCUGGGAGAAACCCUUCGCUGCUCUGGUGUCUGAAGUCAGAAGCAAGGAGAUCUCAAAGAUCAUGAAGAGCUCCUACCUCCGAGGUCUCAACAUGGCCUCCUUCUUCUGCGCCAGCAAGAUCAUCGUCUUCAUCACUUUCACCAUAUACGUCCUUCUGGGAAAUCCCAUCUCCGCCAGCCGUGUGUUUGUGACUGUGUCGCUGUACUCUGCGGUGCGACUGACCGUCACACUCUUCUUCCCCAAUGCCAUCGAGAAGCUGUUCGAGUGCCGCGUCAGCAUCCGCAGGAUUCAGGAGUUUCUGAUGCUGGAUGAAAACACAAAAAGGAGACCACCACUGCCUCAGGAUGAAAAGAUGGAUGCCUCAGUGGAGAUACAGGACAUGACCUGCUACUGGAACAAGAGUCUAGAUGCUCCGUCUCUGCAGAACAUCUCCUUCAAUCUGAACUCAAAUCAGCUGUUGGCUGUGAUUGGACCAGUGGGAGCUGGAAAGUCAUCUUUGUUGAGCUCCAUUCUGGGAGAGCUGCCUACUGAAAAAGGGGUGCUGAAGGUCAAGGGUCAGCUGACGUAUGCCGCCCAGCAGCCCUGGGUUUUUCCUGGAACCAUCCGCAGUAACAUCCUGUUUGGGAAAGAGCUGAACACCCAGAAGUACGAGAGAGUCAUCAGAGCCUGCGCUCUAAAGAGGGACAUGGAGCUGCUCCCAGAUGGAGACCUGACACUGAUCGGGGACAGAGGGGCCACACUCAGCGGGGGGCAGAAAGCUCGUGUCAACCUGGCGAGGGCUGUGUAUCAGGAUGCAGACAUCUACCUCCUGGAUGAUCCUUUAAGUGCUGUGGAUGCUGAGGUCGGCAGACACCUCUUUGAACAGUGUAUCUGUGGUAUGCUGAGGAACAAGCCUCGUGUCCUCGUCACCCACCAGUUGCAGUACCUAAAGGCAGCCGACCAGAUUCUGGUCCUCAAGGAGGGUCACAUGGUGGCAAAGGGGACGUAUACAGAGCUGCAGCAGUCUGGUUUGGACUUCACCUCCCUGUUGAAGAAAGAGGAGGAAGAGGAGCAGCCUCCUCAAGACAUCAUCCCCAGGAUGAGAACUCUGUCCCAGAACUCUGUGCUCUCACACACCUCCUCUGUGCACUCGGUCAAAGAUGGAGACCAGUUACCGGACUGGGUGCUGGCUUUCUGUAUAAUCAUCUCCUAUAUUCUCUCCUGUCUCACCUCAGGAAGAGUCUUAAACCGUUUCUCAAAGGACAUCGGCCAGCUGGAUGCUAACAUGCCGUGGACCUUCGUGGACUUCAUUCAGGUGUUCCUGCAGAUUCUCGGUGUGAUCGCUGUGUCGGUAUCUGUGAUCCCCUGGAUCCUGAUCCCUGUGCUCCCUCUCCUUCUCUUCUUCCUCUACCUGCGCCGCUACUUCCUGCAGACCUCCAGAGACAUCAAACGCCUCGAGUCCACAACUCGGAGUCCAGUCUUCUCCCACCUGUCCUCGUCUCUUCAGGGCCUGUGGACGAUCCGAGCCUUUGGAGCAGAGGAGAGGUUCCAGAAAGCCUUUGACGCUCAUCAGGACCUGCACUCAGGGGCCUGGUUCCUGUUCCUGACCACCUCUCGUUGGUUCGCUCUCCGCCUCGACGGCAUCUGCUCCAUCUUUGUUACCGUCACCACCUUCGGCUGCCUGCUGCUCAGAAACCAGCUGGACGCCGGCUCUGUUGGUUUGGCUCUGACCUACUCAGUCACACUGAUGGGAAUGUUCCAGUGGGGCGUGAGGCAGAGUGCAGAGGUGGAGAACAUGAUGACGUCAGUGGAGAGGGUGGUGGAGUACACCGAACUGGAGAGCGAAGCACCCUGGGAAACCCAGAAGCGUCCGCCUCCUGAUUGGCCCAGCAAAGGCCUGGUGACCUUCGACCGGGUCAGCUUCUCCUACAGCAACGACGGACCGCUGGUGCUGAAGAACAUGAAAGCGAUGUUCCGACCCAAAGAGAAGGUUGGCAUCAUGGUGCGGAAGCCGCCCCCACGUGCUGGGAAGAGCUCUCUGGUCUCUGCUCUGUUCCGCCUGGCAGAGCCUCAGGGGAAGAUCUACAUCGACGGUGUUCUGACCUCUGAGAUCGGCCUCCAUGACCUGCGCCAGAAGAUGUCCAUCAUCCCUCAGGACCCGGUGCUGUUUACUGACACAGUGAGGAAAAACCUGGACCCCUUCAACCAGCAUGCUGAUGAAGACCUGUGGAAGGCUCUGGAGGAGGUGCAGCUGAAGUCUGUGGUGGAGGAGCUGCCCGGGAAGUUGGAGACGGUUCUUGCAGAGUCGGGCUCCAACUUCAGUGUGGGUCAGAGACAGCUGGUCUGUCUGGCCAGAGCCGUCCUGAGGAAGAACCGCAUCCUCAUCAUUGACGAGGCCACAGCCAACGUGGACCCCAGGACAGAUGAACUGAUCCAGAAAACUAUACGGGAGAAGUUCAGAGAAUGCACAGUGCUGACCAUCGCUCAUCGCCUCAACACCAUCAUAGACAGCGACAGGAUACUGGUGCUGGACAGUGGUACCAUCCAGGAGUUAGACUGUCCCUUCACCCUGCUGCAAAACAAAGAGGGUGCUUUCUACAAUAUGGUGCAACAGACGGGUCAGGCCGAGGCCACUGCUCUACUUGAGGCAGCUAGACAGGCAGCACAGCAGUCCUGACAUCUGGAGGCCAGCUGAGUGGCAUUUUGAAAGACUGCCUGUCUGCUGUAUAACAGAGUCAAUAUACAAUAAGAAGUCUGUAGCUGAGCCCCAUCAGGACAAAUGAAUAAGGUAAGAACCAU